GUAAAGCAAAAAUAAAUAAAUAAGCGAGUAUCAAAGAUUCGGACGCAACGAACUGCGCAACAGAAUAAUUACAAAGUCAGCACACUCCGCUGGAAAAGUGCGACUGCGAGUGCGACUGCAGGUGCUAUCAGAUUGGCUAUGGCCGCCAUAUGCACUAUGCCGCCGGGCACGUAAUGCCAAAGGUAAAUACUCGACUCGAGAGGUGUCAUCUCGCGACAGAAUGCGAACAAACCAGAAACAAUAAAAAGCCAAUGCAUACACACGUACGCACAUUUGUUUCAUGAAACUAAGAAUUGUCAUCAGAAAAAGAUAGUUUUGAUGACAAAACUUAAGAUAUUCCCGGGACAAACAAUUUAACUAAUCAACUAUUUUAAAACUUUAUAUUCUUAAAUAUAUAUAAGGUAUAUUUAGCUUAAGCUUGCAACACAGGUUUUGGUUAAACUUAUAAUAUUUAUAUAUAAUCUAUGGUCUGUUUUAUUUAUGACUUUUAAGCCAAGAAAGAUAUUUGGACUUAGCUUAGUCUGUCUAGAUUCUGUGUGUUUUCGCAGAUGGGGAAAAAUAGUAAGUCAUUCAACUGAAAUUCGUUUAUCAAAAGAUUGUGUAAUCAGUGGCCAAGAUCAAGAUCAAAAGAACCAUAAAGUAUGACACUGAAUAGAUGAUAUAUCAUCAAAGUUGUCAUAUAUGGCUUCCUUUCGUGCCGUUUCUCAGAAGUAGGCACGUAACCGCUUAUCGGUAAUUGACUUGAUAUGCAAGCGAAGAUCGCUGAGGGGUGGGACGGGGCCUCCGGAGAUGGAAUUGCACAUGUUGGGGCCUAAUCUGGAGCUACACAUUUCGGUUCGUGGACAUUGUGUUUUAACGGAUUUCAAGCGCGAUUUCAAGUGUACGUCUUACUCAUUAAAUUGCUUGGUUCAGUCACAUUUAAUAACUAGUUAUCGGGUGAAAUCAAGGCUGAAAUGCAAGAUAAGCUAAAACCAGAACAACGAAAAAAGUUUAAAGAUAUUGAUGUAUAUAUUCAGAAAAUUUCAUAAGACAAUAUGGUUUAAGCUUUAAAUUUUAAUAUUUUUUAUCAUAAAAAAAUAUGUCCUCACCGGAAUCAUGUAUUUCACUGUUUAAGGAAGCUUUUAUUGGCCUACUUUUUAGCUCAUCGAUCACAAUUUUAUCGAGUUAGAACAGAAGUAAAUGUCAUAAGGUAAACAUCGAAAUAAUGUAUCACACGAUUUUGAUAAAAGGCAGAAUAUAUAUAGAAGCACAAACAUAACAGUAACGAGAAACCCCGAUUGAAAUCAAGGAUAAAAGAACAUCUAUCGAAAGAUCAAAGUGGAUCAUGGAGUACACUCGGCAGCCGUGUCCCAUCAGAAUUGUGGAGGAUUGCGGGUGCGCCUUUAUGAUGGGCACCAUAGGAGGAUCGGUAUUUCAGUAUCUCAAGGGUUUCCGCAAUGCUCCAACUGGUUUCCGUCGUGGCCUGUACGGCGGUUUUGAGUCUGUGAAACUGCGGACUCCGUCUAUUGCAGGCAGCUUUGCCAUCUGGGGCGCCACCUUCAGUACGGUGGACUGCAUUAUGAUUUCGUAUCGCCAGAGGGAGGAUUCAUGGAAUUCGAUUGUCAGUGGAGCGGCCACUGGCGGAAUUUUGGCAGCUCGCAAUGGUAUUCGUGCUAUGGCCAACAGUGCCUUUGUGGGCUGCCUGGUUUUGGCCAUGCUUGAAGGAGCAGGGGCAGCAGUAGCCACUAUUUAUGCAGUCGACGAAGAAGUCAUUACAGACGGAGCCAUCGCCAUAGAUUUCCAGCAGCCGCAGAGACCCAAGUGGGAGACAAAUACUGUCGAUUUUGAAAAGCCACCUUCGUCUCCAAGUCAGGAUAUGAUCGUGGCAGAGUUCGAGCGGGUCCUAGAUAAAUGCCGGGCUUACAAGGCCAAGAACACGACUCUGAAGGAAAUUGUGGAGGGUAAGGAAGUGGCACAAGUGGAGAAGGAAUCGCACUCGCUACUCGAUUUGGUCAAGUUGGCUGGGAUUAUCUAAUGUUUGGGAUUAAUCGAUAUUAUCUGUUGAUCUGAUUUUAUUUUAUAUCGACCAGUAGACCGAGAUUGACUGAUGACCAUUCCUUUCAAAACAUUUGAUCAAUAUUUGUUUGGUUGUCAAUAAGGCUUAGCCUAGAAUGAUACCUAUUUAAGUUUUCUUAUGCUGGAAAACUAGGGUUUUAAAAUUUAUACGUUUCAAGACUGAUAAGAAAAUUAAAUAGAAAAGUGUGUUACCUCAGAAAUUCGCUUUUUAAUCGUUCUACAUUUAAAUUUAAACAUAAGUGAAAGUUCAUAGCCAUCGUACCCGUAUGUUUUUCGUUCUUUUGGCCUGAAAGAAGUUAAAUCUUUUGGGAAAAGGUGUUCGGUUUGAAAAAAUUUUUUAAUGUUU